AUGGCGACCGCAACCAAGCCCAAGUUGAAUCCAAGAUCAUUUCCUAGGCCACCGAGUUGCGAAAAGACGCCGCGACAUUUAGAAGUCAAGUGGAAUGGACACACGAUAGCUGAUACGAAGGAGGCGUACUGGGUGCUCGAGACAUAUCAUCCACCAACCUACUAUCUGCCACAAUCAUGUCUGAAAAUCCCCUUGCAGACUACGAGUAACAGCUCAUUCUGCGAAUGGAAGGGACGAGCAACUUACUACCAGCUCGAGAACCCAAUUAAAUCUGGUGAAGUCGUGAAGAACAGAGUCUGGAGUUACGAGUCACCUACGGCAGGCUUCAAGGAUAUCAAGAGCUACUUGAGCUUCUAUGCGGGACCGUGGGAUUGCUAUGUUGAUGGUGAAAAGGUUGAGCCGCAGCCUGGUGACUUUUACGGAGGGUGGACCACCAGCGAUAUCGAGAAGGAGAGUGUGAAAGGUGGACCAGGAACUUGGGGAUGGUGA